UGUGAUUUAUUUUUUUCUCCCCACACAGAAAGUCUGAGGCGAAAGUGUUAGCUCCCGGCUAAUCCAAGCUAAAUAACUCUUGUCCUUUUCACCUCAGCUGUUAUUUUUUCAUUUUAGAUCCAGACUCGAAAAUGUCCUUUCAGUAUCCAGACGCGUACCGUGAUGAAGCUGUGGUGGACGACUACCACGGACACAAGGUUCCUGACCCGUACAGCUGGCUGGAGGAUCCAGACAGCGAGAAAACGAAGGCGUUCGUGAACGCGCAGAACCAGCUGACCCUACCCUUCCUGGAGGAGUGUCCCAUCAGAGAGGUCUUUAAAGAGCGCAUGACCGAACUGUACGAUUACCCCAAAUACAGCUGCCCCUUCAAACGGGGUAACAGGUAUUUUCACUUCUAUAAUACGGGCUUACAGAACCAAAGCGUCCUGUACGUGCAGGAGAACCUCGAGGCAGAACCCAAACUGUUCCUCGAUCCCAAUACCUUCUCAGACGAUGGAACUGUCGCGUUACAAGGUUAUGCCUUCUCGGAGGACGGCGAGUACCUGGCGUAUGGUGUGAGUACGAGCGGGUCCGACUGGGUGGAGAUCCGGUUCCUGCGUGUGGACGGCGCCAUGGCUCUGGAGGACCGGCUCGAGAGGGUGAAGUUCAGCUGCAUGGCCUGGACUCACGAUGGAAAAGGGCUCUUUUACAACUUGUACCCAGAGCAGGAGGGAAAGAGUGAUGGGACGGAGACAUCCACUAACCUGAACCAGAAGCUGUAUUAUCACGUGUUGGGGUCUCCGCAGUCCCAGGAUGUUUUGUGUGCUGAAUUCCCUGACCAGCCCAAGUGGAUGUGUGGAGCUGAGGUGUCUGAUGAUGGCCGCUACGUGUUGCUGUCCAUCAGGGAAGGGUGUGACCCAGUGAACAGACUAUGGUACUGCGACCUCAACACCGUCACAGACGGCAUCACAGGGUUGUUGCCGUGGGUGAAGCUGAUCGAUAACUUCGAUGCUGAGUACGAGUACGUGACGAACGAGGACACCGUGUUCACUUUCAAAACAAACCUGGACGCUCCACGCUACCGUCUCAUCAAUGUGGACUUCGCUCAGCCGGCCCCCAGCCAGUGGAAGGAGCUCAUCCCAGAGCACGACAAAGACGUCCUCGUGUUUGCUACAUGCACAUACUCCAGCUUCUUGUGCGUGUGUUAUCUCCACGACGUGAAGAACGUGCUGAAGAUGUACCAGCUGGAAUCGGGGAAGGAGCUGAAGACCUUCCCGCUGGACGUGGGCUCCAUCGUGGGCUUCACCGGCCGAAAGAAGGACUCUGAGAUCUUCUACUACUUCACCUCUUUCCUUUCUCCAGCCAUCAUCUACCACUGCGACCUGACCAAAGCUCCUCUACAGCCUCACGUCUUCAGGGAGGUCCAAGUGAAAGGUUUCGACGCUACAGAGUACCAGACCACACAGGUGUUCUACCCCAGUAAAGACGGUACUCAGAUCCCCAUGUUCAUCGUGCACAAGAAGGGUCUCCAGCUGGACGGCUCACACCCCGCCUUCCUCUACGGCUACGGGGGAUUCAAUAUCUCCAUCACACCCAGCUACAGUGUGUCCAGGCUCAUCUUCGUGAGGCAUCUGGGAGGAGUUUUAGCCGUGGCCAACAUCAGAGGAGGAGGGGAGUACGGAGAGACGUGGCACAAAGGAGGGAUGUUGGAGAACAAGCAGAACUGUUUCACAGAUUUUCAGUGUGCAGCAGAGUAUCUGAUAACGGAGGGAUACACCUCUGCAAAAAAACUCACUAUCAAUGGAGGCUCCAAUGGAGGCCUGCUAAUGGGGGCGUGUGUGAAUCAGAGGCCAGACCUGUUCGGCUGUGCUGUAGCUCAGGUUGGUGUGAUGGACAUGCUCAAGUUCCAUAAGUUCACCAUCGGCCACGCCUGGACCACUGACUUCGGCUGUUCGGAGAUUAAGGAGCAGUUUAACUGGCUCAUCAAGUACUCUCCUCUGCACAACAUCCGGAUCCCUGAGGGCGACAACGCACAGUACCCAGCUGUGCUGUUGUUGACCGGUGACCAUGACGACCGUGUGGUGCCUCUGCACUCUCUCAAGUACAUUGCCACCCUGCAGCACACGGUUGGACGCUGGACCGGUCAAUCAAACCCUCUCUUUAUCUAUGUGGACACCAAGUCGGGCCACGGGGCGGGAAAACCCACCAGUAAGGUGAUCCAGGAAGUGGCAGAUACCUACGCCUUCAUCGCCCGCUGCCUUCACCUCCACUGGAUCAAUUAACACACAUACACUCACACAAUGGUGUACACACACACACACACACUCACACUCAUUCAGCUGCUAAAUCCCUGGCUUUCUCUCUCCUUCUAUCCCUCUCUCCCAGGGCAUUAUUACUCCUCCUCACUCCUCUCUCCUUUUUCUUUCUUUCUUCCUUCCUCUCCCUGCUUCUUUUUCUUCCUCAGUCCUUUCUUCUUUUUUUUUUUUUAUUCUUGUCUACUCUAGAUAAUUCAAUUGUGUAACAUUUCAAUCCUUCACUAAAACACUUAAUCAUCCUUUCUUUCUCUCUCAAUCUCUUUCUUUCUUUCUUUAUUGAUCACUCACUCACUCAGCAUGUUAAUGAUUGAUAUUUUUCACUACUAUUUUCUGAAACACUUCUGUACAUACUCUUUAUUUAUUACCAGGUCAACACAAAACAGCAGUUCUUCAAUUAACCGCAUAGUAUACAAGUGUGUGUGUGUGUGUGUGUGUGUGUGUGAGAGAGAGAGAGAGAGUGUGUGUGCGAGUGUAUUAAGGUGUCAUAUAUAAUAUAAUAUCCUCUCACUGGCUGCUUCUACCUCCAAACAUAUGCAGAUUGUUUGUUUUUACCUUUUAAAGGGACAACAUGUCUGUAUACUAUGAAAUAAAACAAAACUGGUGUAAUAAACAGGACGUGUUUGG